AGUUACAAACAGACAUUCAAAACAGCAAGACGUGGUAACGGAUAGUAAAUGUUAAAUUCGAUUUGAUAUACAUAUAUGUGAACUAUAAAAAUUUAAAACGUGUUUGCAACGAAAUUAUUAAAAGAAUAUUUGAACUAAAAGAAACUACUUCGUAAAGAGAGAGAGAGAGAGAAGGAGCAUUAUCAAGUCAACAAACUUUCAACAUGAGUAACAUACGUUUUUGGGAUAUGUUAAAAAUUAGCGUCAAGGCUAUAGAUUAUAAAUUCGAACAAUAUCGUUUGAAUACUGGCGCUACAGUUGUUGUCAACACUUCAAAGGGUCAAGUUAAGGGGGCCAAACGUAUGUCUGUAUGGGGUAAUUCAUAUUACACAUUCGAGGGUAUACCUUUUGCUAAACCGCCGCUAGGUGAACUACGCUUUAAAGCUCCCGUACCAGCUGAACCAUGGCAAGGGGUUAUAGAUUGUACGGGGCCAGCCGAAAUACCCUUUCAGUCAAAUUAUAUAUUUAAGAAAUACAAAGGUUCAGAGGAUUGUUUGUAUUUGAAUGUGUUUACAAAUGAGAUUACCUCUCCUACACCGCGACCCGUUAUGGUUUGGAUCUAUGGUGGUGGUUUUCAAAUUGGUGAAGCCACUCGUGACAUGUAUAGUCCCGAUUACUUUAUGUCCAAAGAUGUUGUACUAGUGACUAUAGCCUAUCGUUUGGGACCUUUUGGUUUCUUGAGUUUUGAUGAUCCCAGCAUUGAUGUACCCGGUAAUGCAGGCAUUAAAGAUCAAAUUAUGGCUUUACGUUGGGUUAAGGAAAAUAUUUCCGCUUUUGGUGGUGAUCCCAAUAAUGUAACAGUAUUUGGUGAAAGUGCUGGUGGUGCCUCUACACACUUGUGUAUGUUGAGUGAAACCUCUAAAGGUUUGAUUAGCAAAGGUAUUGUUAUGUCGGGCAGUGUUUUAUGUCCUUGGGUAUUGCCACCACCUAAUCAGUGGGCUUUUAGAUUGGCCAAAGCUUUAGGUUACAAAGGAGAGGAGAACUCUAUGGAUAUUUAUAAAUUUCUGCAUGCAUCCUCGGGAGCUGAUAUACAGAAAGCAGUAUCAACAAUACUUACCAAAGAAGAGAAACACAAUCGAAUUUUAUUUGCUUUUGGACCGGUAAUAGAACCAUACAAAUCCAAAGAUAGUAUAUUAACAGAAGAUCCUUUGGAAGUGUUAAAAACCACCUGGAGUAAUGAUAUACCCAUGAUGAUAGGUGGAACCAGUUUUGAGGGUUUAUUAUUCUAUCCAGAAGUGACUAGACGCAAGGCUACCUUAAAUGAAGUGGGAGAUUGUGAGAAUUUAUUGCCAUUAGAUGUUCAAGUAGAACGCCAUAGUAUAGAAGCUAAAGAAAUGGGUUUGAGAAUCAAAAAAGCCUAUUUCGGCAAUGAGGAAUGUAAACCAGAAACUAUGAUGAAAUUUUUAGAGAUUGAAAGCUAUAGAGAAUUUUGGCAUCCCAUUUAUCGCACAGCCAUGUAUCGCAUUAACUAUGCCAAGGCUCCUACUUAUAUCUAUCGUUUCGAUUUUGACUCGGCCGAUGCUAAUGCCAUACGCAAUCUCUUGUGUAAUCGUGAAGUGAGAGGCGUAUGUCAUGGCGAUGAUUUAUGUUACAUUUUCCGUUUUAUCUUCUCUCAUCGCUUAUCCGUUGAUUCUGCUGAAUAUCGCACUACCAAGGCCAUGGUGGAUAUUUGGACUAGCUUUGCCACAAACAGUGAUCCCAACUGUACAUGCUUACAGGAUGUUAAAUACGAACCCUUGUCUAAGGAUAAACCUAUAAAAUGUUUAAAUAUUUCCAAUAAAUUGGAAUAUAUAGAAUUGCCGGAAUUGCAAAAAAUACAAAAUGUUUGGAAUACUUUUUAUCCCCAAGGCAAAUUAUAAAUAAAUAAAACAUCACUAUCGAGCAUUUUAAAUGUAGAGAAAAAAGUAAAAAAUAAAGGAGUCGGCUACCUCAUGUACAUAAAAAGAGUGGAAAAAUAAAAAUAAGAUAUCAUUCAUAAUUUGAUUGUGCAAUGUACUGUUAAUUAUUUGUCCAAUUUAAUAUAAUUAAAUAUUUAUAACGGUAUAAUGGAGUGAAUGGUUAUAUUUAAUUUUAAAUUUUAUAUACAUAUGUAUUUAUGUAUAUAGUGAUCAAUUGUAAUUUACGAUUAAUUGUGAUUUUUUUUAUAUAUUUUUAAAAGGAAUUUUAAUUUUUAAUUGUUAUAAAAGAUUUGAUGACUAUUUUAAUGUGAAACUAUAAACAAAAUUAAUUUAUUGAAAAUGAAAAACUUAUUUAAGGAUUUAAAAAAUGUACGAAAUUAAUAAUGUAAUAAAAUAUAUAUAUAUAAACUUUAA